AUGGACACUGAUUUGGUUCCUAGAGAUGAGAUUGAGCUGUUGACACGUUACCUUGUGGACUCCUUGAGGAAUGAUGGGUUUAGAAAAAUUGCUGAUAAGUUUGUCAAAGAAGCAAACAUUGAAGAUAGGAGAAACAAGCAUUUGGCUGAUGUUUUUGUGAAAAGGGAAGAAACUGAUGCAAAACAACCACAUGAGCUUGGCUCGGCACAUACCACACCAGAAAACUCACCUCCUCCCUCUCCAAAACACAUGGGAGCCAACGACGACACUUCUUUUUCUCUCAUCGUCAAUACCACACUCAAAGAUAUCACUAUUGUUAAUUUCCCAACAACCCUAAAACUCACAUCCACCAAUUAUCUUGGAUGGAAAACUGAGAUCGAAGCUCUACUACAUGGCUUAGAUCUAUAUCGAUUUAUCGACGACUCACACCUUGCAUCUGCACCAACAAUCGCCGCCGAUGGAACAAGCACCCCCAUACAGACUAUCCGAAGUGAUUCGGGCAAGACCGACUUCUUUUCGGUGCCAUAG